AGGGUGGGCCUCGGGGCUUGGGGACCCCUCCUGGGAGGCCAGGACUUGUCAUCACUAACUAAGAAGAGAAGGGCGAUGUCCCCUGACGCAUGUCCUCGGCUGCAGGGCUGGUCACAGGAGCAGCAGCCCUGAGGUCAACGGUCAGGCCAGGGUGUUGAGGCCCCAGGAAAAGAGAAUGGAUGGUCUGCUGGGCUCUGGGCCUGGUGUGGGUAGUUCAGGGAGGGCCAGCCGUGGGCUGUGUGGUACGUGCAUGUCCACAGCAGUGCCCAGCUGGGCUGUGGGGGCGUGGCCUGCCUUCAGGGAGGCCUACUCCCAGCCUCCCAUGGUGGCCAGGGGGACAGUAAGAGGUGUCGGUGACAGGGCUCAGCACACCGCCCAAGCCCGCCACGUGCUGGGAGUGGUCUGCAGGCCCUCGGGAGGGACAACCACCCUGCGUGUCCGGGUGUGCCAUGCCCCUCCCUGUGUGGGGCUCUGGCCAGACGGUACCCCCAUACACACCUGUGAGCCUCAGAGGGCCACUGCGUCCUAGGCAGGUGCCAACGGAGGACAUGGAGUGAGGCCAGCAGGACCCUGGGGCGAGGACCCGAGCUGCUGGGCACACGAGCUGCACUCCAUUUGGGAGUGGUGACCCUGGCCAGAGGGGCAGGAAGCUGGCACCAUGAGCUCCUGCGCCCACCCCUACCCUGGCCUCUGGCUCUGGCUGUGUCUGGGUGCUGUCCUGGGACCUGGACAGGGACAAGCAAGUGCCCGCCUGAGGCUGGCCGUGCUGCCAGAGGACCGGCUGCAGAUGAAGUGGAGAGGGUUGGAGGGGAGCAGCCUGGGCUACCUGGUGCAGGUGAAGCCCAUGGCAGGGGACCCGGAGCAGGAGGUGUUGCUGACCACGAAGACCCCCAAGGCCACGGUGGGAGGCCUGAGUCCCUCCAAGGGGUACUCCUUGCACGUCUUUGCCCUCACGGGCUCCGGGCGUGUGCUGCUGGUUCAGAGGGCCUUCGUGAUCCGGGAUCUGAAGAGCAACACCCAGAGACCUCCGGGCGCGGCCCCGGAGCCCACACCCUCCCAUGUGGGCAGCCCAGACCCGGAGCAGACCGCAGAGCCCAGAGUGACCUUCAUCCCCAGCCAAGACCCACCUGUCCCUGCUGGUCCCCAGUUCCGCUGCUCGCCCCCCACGCCCGCUGACAUGGUCUUCCUGGUGGACGGGUCCUGGAGCAUAGGCCACAGUCACUUCCAGCUGGUCAAGGACUUCCUGGCCAGUGUCAUUGCCCCCUUUGAAAUUGGACUGGACAAAACCCAAGUAGGUCUGACUCAGUACAGCGGGGAGCCCUGGACCGAGUGGGACCUGAACUCCUGGAGCACCAAGGACGAGGUGCUGGCUGCUGUCCGCAGCCUCCGCUACCAGGGAGGAAACACACGGACAGGCCUUGCCCUGGCCCACGUGCUAGAGAAGAACCUGAGGGCAGCAGCGGGUCCCCGUCCUGAGGGAGCCACAGUGCUGAUUCUGGUGACGGACGGCAAGUCCCAGGACGACGUGCAGCCCGCCGCCCGCGUCCUCAGGGGCCUGGGUGUGGACGUCUUCGCGAGUGCGGACCGUCCUGCGCGUAGGCUCCGGGCCUCCCCACCGCUCGACAUCACCGUCCACAGUGUACCCGACUUCUCACGGCUGGGCACGCUGGCAGGCCUGCUCAGCCGCCUGGUCUGCCAGAGGAUCCAGGGCUGGACCCCGCGUGGAGGCCCAGGUGAGUGUGGGGACUGCCGGACUGCCGGUCCUGCACACUGGCCCUCUCCAGGACACCAGUGCAGGAAGGCAUCUGGGAUAGAGGGCUUCCCAGCUCUCCUUGGAGUGGCCAUGGGGACCAGGCGGAGCCACUGCUGCCUGCACCCAGGGGGCCACUCUGCCCCCAAGUACCUGGCCGAGCAGCCUUCUUCUGGGGGCGGUGCCCCCAGGGAGGUGGUACUGGCAGGGCCCGUCCCAUCCGCGGAGCUUCGUGACCUGUCCCCCAGCACAGAACACCUGUCUACCAGAGCAGGACCACCCAGGGCCCACGGGUCGGUGACCCACAUGGGUGGAGGGGGCAGGGUCUCCUACUCUCGGCCUCCUUUGGUGCCUGGCGCCCACAGGGUGUGUGCCAACACCCAGGACCGUGCUGUCUGCCACUUGCUGUGUCACCAAGGCUGUCACUGGGCCCCUCGGACCCUCAGUGUCGCUGGUGGCACCACACAGCACGACUCACGGCCCCUCUUCCUUCUUAGCCCCAGCCGUCCCCAGGGGCUGCUCUGGCCCCCAGCCCCUCUGCCCCCACCCCGGGUGCAGACUCUGGCCACAGUGACACCCAGAACUGUCCGCCUCACCUGGCAGCCCUUGGCCCAGGUCACCCAGUACCUGCUGCGGUGCUCACCCUCCACUCGGGCCGAGGUGGAGGCCAGAGAGGUUAAGGCCCUGGAGGGGCGAGGUGGGGCUGGCCGAGGGCAGGGAGCUGGCGGUGACUGCACACACAGGUGCCGGCUGGGCAGCCGUGGCCUCCUAGGCAGGGGCAUUGAGCUCUUGGUGCAGAGCCUACGGGUACUGAGGCCCGCGAGGCCCUGGGCGGCUGCUCCAGGACCCUGUGAGUGGCCAUCUGGGGCCUUCCAUGGGCUGGGCUGCCCUGCCUCCACCCUGGGAGAGCGGGCUCACGGUCCUGAGGCAUUGCCCUGCCCUGCAGCCGCCCUGGCCGCCCCCAGACACCUGGGCUUCUCAGAUGUGAGCCACGACUCCGCGCGUGUGUCAUGGCCGGGCACCCCGCGGCCUGUGCGCCUGGCCAGGAUCAGCUAUGUCUCCAGUAAGAGUGACCACUCAGGGCAGACGGAGGCUCCUGGGAACGCCAGUUCAGCCACCCUGGGUCCCCUCUGCUCUUCCACCACGUAUGCCGUCAGCGUCACCUGCCUCUACCCUGAGGGUGGCUCCUCCACACUGACCGGCCGAGUGACCACGAAGAGAGCCCCCAGCCCGAGCCAGCUGUCAGUGACGGAGCUGCCAGGGGAUGAGGUCCGGCUGGCGUGGGUGGCAGCAACCCGCUCCGGAGUGCUGGCCUAUCAGAUCAGGUGGAUGCCCCUGGGCAAGGGGAAGGCCCAGGAGAUGUCCGUUCCUGGGGACCUCGGCACAGCUCUCCUGCCUGGCCUGGGCAGGCACACGGAGUACAAGAUCACCAUCCUGGCCUCCUAUAGCAACGGGGCCCUCAGCGACCCUGUGUCCCUCCGCUACUCCCCCUCUUCUGUAAGCAGCACCCCCCCCUCCAGCCUGGCCCUGGCCUCGGAGACGCCGGACAGCCUGCAGGUCAGCUGGACGCCCCCCAGCAGCCCUGCCCUGCGCUACCAGCUCACCUAUGUGCCAGCCUCUGGCUUGGGGCCCGAGACCACAGUGAGCGUGCCAGGGCCUAAGAGCCACACGACACUCCUGGGCCUGCUGGCGGCCAGCGAGUACAGAGUCCUGGUCUCGGCUGUCUAUGCAGCGGGCGAGAGCGUGGCCGCGUCUGCCUCAGGAUGGACCGCCUGCCCGGCCCUCCACCAGGACAGCGCCCUCCCAGGGUUCGACCUGAUGGUGGCCUUCGGCCUGGUGGAGAAGGAGUACGCCUCCAUUCGCGGCAUGGCCAUGGAGCGCUCGGCCACAGGCAGCCUCCAGACCUUCACGCUCUUCAAGGACGCCCAGCUGACUCGCAGUGCCAGUGACGUCCACCCGGCCGUCCUCCCACCUGAGCACACCAUUGUCUUCCUCGUACGCCUGCUCCCCGAGACGCCCCACGAGGCCUUCGCACUGUGGCAGAUGACGGCCAAAGACUUCCAGCCUGUCUUCGGGGUUCUGCUGGACGCUGGCAGGAAGUCCCUGACCUACUUCAACCGCGACCUUGGCGCUGCCUUGCAGGAGGUCACGUUCGACCUACAGGACGUGAAGAAGAUCUUCUUCGGGAGCUUCCACAAGGUACACGUGGCCGUGGGCCGCUCCCAGGUCAGGCUCUAUGUGGACUGCCGGAAGGUGGCGGAGCAGCCCAUCGGGGAGGCGGGCAGCCCACCCACCGCUGGCUUCGUUAUUCUGGGGAGGCUGGCCAAGGCCCGGGGCCCCUGGAGCAGCUCAGCCACACUUCAGCUGCAGAUGCUGCAGAUCUUGUGCGGCGACUCCUGGGCCGACCAGGACCACUGCUGUGAGCUCCCAGCAUUGAGGGGUGGGGAGACGUGCCCAGCCUUGCCUACUGCCUGCACCUGCUCUUCUGAGACCCCCGGGCCCCCGGGUCCCCAGGGACCUCCGGGCCUCCCUGGCAGGAGCGGCACUCGUGGAGAGCAGGGUUUCCCAGGGCCCAGGGGGGAGCCCGGGCCACCUGGACAGAAGGGACCUGAAGGCCCUGGAGGUCAGCAGGGGUCACCGGGGAUGCAAGGCCACACAGUCCAGGGCCCAGUGGGCCCAUCGGGCAUCAAAGGAGAGAAGGGAGACCGUGGGCCCCCAGGCUUGCAGGGCCACCCCGGCCCUGGGAGAGUGGGCCUCCAGGGACCGAAGGGAACGAGAGGACUGGAGGGCACUGCUGGCCUGCCCGGACCCCCUGGCCCCAGGGGGUUCCAGGGCGUGGCAGGGGCCAGGGGAGCCAGUGGGGAGCGAGGACCUUCAGGCAUGGUGGGGCCGACGGGACUGCCAGGGCCUAAAGGAGAACGAGGAGAGAAGGGCGAGCCGCAGUCCCUAGCCGCCAUCUGCCACCUCGUGAGCCGGGCCUGCGAGUCGGCCCUCGCUCACGUGUUGAAGUUCGACUCCUUCCUCUGCGAGAACACCAGGCCCCCGCUGCCCAUCUCAGAGAAGGUGGAGCCAGGCAGGCCCCUGGGGUCCCCCGGCAGGCACAGGGAGGCCCUCGUCCCUGGAGAGCGGAGACGCAGCGGCCGGCGCCCUGAGCACACAGGGCACCCCCCAUGCUGCCGCCAUGACCUGCACGUGGGCACCAAGACCGAGCAUCCCGGAGAGGCCCGUGGAGCCCCAGGGAGAGCCUAAAGGUGGAAGCAGAGGGAGGCUUGGAGGCCACAGCCACCCCCAGCUCUGAGCGGCCUUGAGGCACCAGCCUCUGGGCUCUCCUUCCCGGAAAGUCAGCCUGGCGGCACCACGGGUGGCCCCAGGGUUCAGACGCCCAGGUCGGCCCAAGAUGCGCGGAGAAUGGCCGGGACAGCCAGCUCACGCAUCUCAACCGGCAGCGGCGGCCUUCCCACUGGGGUUGAGCCAACGGGUGCUGGGACCAGGGAACUGUGACGCUCCACCUGUACCUCCUGGCAGGACCCCGCCCAGCCGCAGACCGGGGAAGUUCCCUCUGGUGUGUGCUCACACUAUCAAAA